AAUUGAUAUCAGUACUGAAAUAACUAUCGCAAACGAAACAAUCUACGGGUAUCACAGAGAGUUCAACUAAAAAAGCUGUGGUUUCAUUAUACAUAGGAUGAAAGAAUUUUUUAUCAUCUUACCGUUGAUUCUAUCGGUUGGAGGAUUCUUGUUUGAUGAAGGCAUUCCGGAUUCGAGAUGUCCCUUGCAAGAUAAUCCCAUGAACCCGACGCAUUUACCACAUCCAACAGAAUGUGGAAGAUUUUACAAAUGCUUUAGCGGGCGCGCGUUUUUAAUUAGUUGUCCGCUUGGCCAGGAAUUUGGAGCGCAGAUACAACGUUGUGAUUACCCCUCAUUCGCUAGGUGUCGAACGGCAUUAGCGGAACCUGAACCGGCGGAAUUCCACUUAAACGAGGGAUUCAGUGAUACCAGGUGUUCGAUUUCUGUUGACCAAAUGAACCCCGUGCAUUUGCCUCAUCCUACCAACUGCCAAAAGUUCUUGAAAUGCGCCAAUGGUAGAGGAUUCGAAAUCGAUUGCCCGAUCGGUCAGGAAUGGGCAGCAAGUUUGAAUCGUUGCGACUUCCCGUCGGUUGCAAAAUGUUCCUUGAGCAAGCCCUUCCACGCCAACGACAUCGAUAUGGAAGAAGAAGUCCAGGACGAGCUUAUUGAAGCUGUUCCGGUAAAAGCCGAAUUUGUUUACAGUGCUGGAAUACCAGACGCUCGCUGCCCACGAUAUGACGAUCCGUUUCGGCCCAUUCAUUUACCACACGCGGAUUGUAGCAAAUUUCAGAAAUGUUUCGAUGGUCGAGCUUACGUACUGGAUUGUCCUCCUGGUCAGCAAUUUGGCGUCAAAAUCAAUCGUUGCGAUUUCCCUCAAUUUGCUCAAUGCGCACAGUUCAAACGAAAAUCUCUCUCUAAACGACUAGAUGAUAGCAUGGACGAUGAAUACGAUUAUAGUUAUGAAGAAUUUCCUUUAGAUUCCAAAGAGUGGACGGAAGAACAGCGAGAAAUGGUUGUGGGAGUAAUUGACAUUCGCUGCCCAUUAAUCGAUGAUGUCGACGACCCAGUGCAUCUAACUCAUCCGAGGGAUUGUGAAAAAUUCUAUAAAUGUUAUGGUGGUCGUGCAUAUUUGAUUAACUGUCCACUUGGUCAACACUGGAGUGUCCGGUUUAAUCGCUGUGAUUAUCCGAAGGUAGCCAAGUGUUCCAUCCGUCAUUAGUUGGUGGUUUGAAAACCGCUUGACUAAUCAAAACGAGUAACUCGUGUGUAGCGAUGGAUCAGUAGCUGUUUCUAAGUAAUAGUAUACGUAUUUAUAUACGAAUAGCAAUAUAUCAUACAGAAGAACCAAA